AUGGAAUUGGAGGCGUACACCAGCGAAUUUAAAAGAGAGGGCAUCCAUACUGUUAAAGACCUAAGGGCCCAUGAGAUUUCAGAUGACCUCCUAGAUGCAUUAGAAGUCAUGAUCCCGGGACAUCGAAAAAGAAUUAAAACUGCAGGUAAAUGUUUACAUGUAAAUAGCAUUUUGUCUAACCAGCUGGGAUCGAAGUUGAAAACCUAACGGCUUAUUUUAAAUGUUACAAGAUUCUUCAGCCAAAGCAUUUGAAGUUACAGCGUUGGCCAACAUGUAAGCUUUAAUAGCAUUUUUUCCUCCCUCUGACUGCAAUUCCUAGGCUAAGGGAAUCAAUUUGCCGAUCAGGAAGAAAAGAAGCUAAAAGAAAUUGAAAUACAAUCUAAAUGUCUAAACAAAAUACAAGAAAUAUUGCUCAUCAUCAAGAAACAAUUAGAUCGUCACUAACGGGGGUUCCCCUUUACAUCAAAGAGAUUAAAAUACUUUGGCCAUUGUGCCCCUUUGGAAGGCAAGUUUUGAAGCAUAAAGGUUUUUUCCUCCGAAAGAUUGCCAGUGGAUUGCGAAGAAACAUGUCAAUUGAUGAAAGCAGGCGAGCAAAGUUAAAUCUGAUAGACUUUAAUACCUGUCUGUGUUCUCGAACCGUUUUUAUAAGCUAUCCUCUUAAAAGUUAUGUUUCAUUUUUAGUAGGCCACUGCUAAUUUCACCUCUUCGGUUGCAUCAGGUAUAACUAAUUCAUGGUUGUAAGCAGAGGGCAACUGGAAUACACUUUAUAAUUUCAGAUUUGCAGAUAAAAAACACGCUUUUAAUGUAAUUGGGGAUCUCGGACCCUUAAUGUCUUUCUUCCAAACAACCUGCAUCCUCAGGUCGUAUCCUAUAAGGCUCUGCAUCUUUAAAAUGAAGACACAAACAGGAAUUACUGCUUUUUCAUCAUAAUUUCAUGAAGAAAGUUUUUUUAAAAUAUUCUCUUCUAAAAUAUUAAAUUUUUAACAGGUUUUGGUUUUCUCGCUAUUCGCUGACCACGUGCUCGAGCUAACUGAGCGCGCUUUGCUAAUCCUCCCUGCGCACUGAUUAAUUUUGAUUUUUCUAGUUGACUGUGUAAAUCGCUAAAGGACUUGUUUUUCAAUUCUGCAACACGAUGAUAAAUUUAUUAUGAAUUAGCCACAAUUUAUCGCCCUAGUAUAAGCAUACUCGUAUAUUUGUGGCGCCAGAGGAAGAGGAGUCGACAAAGGACGAUCACAAGAAGUAUUUACAGUUAGUUUUGUAUCAGUAAACCCAGGGAACGUAUAGGCUUUUAAAAACCAUUUUCAUUAUGUAGUCGUCCUAAACCAACAUGGAAGUUCAGUUGCUUAAAAACGCAGUCGUGUCAGAUUUGGUACCCCGUUUUGAGAAUUUACUUUCGGGAACCCAAGCACCAAUGACGGUGCCAUGAUCUGAGUUUGCUCAUACAAUACAUGUAAUUUCUUUGGUAUAGAUUAACUCUCUCUGUAAUUAGACCAUUGUGAAGGGUACAGUAUUCAGUUUGAGAAGGGGCAGCUUUUAAGUUCUUACCUUUUCGCGUGACGGACUAUUUAGUAAUUACACAGUAUUUAAACAUACGUUUUUCGCGAGUAUUAAGCUAUAUCGAGAUGCGAUAUGAUCGUGCCUGCUCUCUGUUGGAACUUGAAUAUAAAUUUUAAACGCAAAUCAUUCAGUUUCACUUUUGCUUCAUCUGAGUUAGUCUAGCAUACUUGGUUUAAAAAAACGCAAAGAGAAACAUGAUUCCGGAAUGAAUUUGUUGUUCUCUAACUCUCGUUAGUAGGGCCUGGUUUAAAACUUUAAGUCUCUGGUAUUUUAUAGCUCUCAGGUAUUCAUCUUCAACAACUGUUGAAUCAAUUCUGCCUGAUUUGUUGCUCAUUUUCGUCCUUCUUUCGAGCAAUGAAACAUUAUUAAAAGCCGUCUUACUCUUUUUUUUAAAUACUAAGGUGUUCAACAAACAACUCCGACACGGAAGGGUUAGCGUUCAGUUGCACUGUUCUGUAUACUGACUGCCUAUUAAUCGAUGUAUGUUUAUACCCUUCACGUUGUUUCAACUUUUGCCGUUUAUGUUUAACCAUCAUAAGGCCAUAUGAAUUAAAGUAAAUUUACUUUCAAGCAUUGCUUUUUCAUAAAAUUAGCUUUAUAUGGUUAACUGAAGUUAGUCAAAGAAGCGGCAAUGAUCGUUUCUUCGUAUUCAAGCAUAGCCGGUGAAUGUUUAUAGUUAUAAAGGUGCUUACUUAAUUACAGUCUUUCAAACUCCUCUAGAUAAUAUUUUGUAUUUAAACUGCAAUCAUGUGUUUGUCCCGGUAUGCUGAAGUUUAAAAUGGUCUACCUCAACAUUCUCAGGGAAGAAUACGAAACAUAAAAUUAUUUCUCAUGGUUUUUGUUAUUAUUUCCACUGGCAGUAUCAUUUCUGCAAUCAAGCAUUUCUGCUCCUGAUGAUGUGAGUCAAAGUGUUUCCGCGGUGGUAAUAGGCUACUGGGGCCAGCCAGAAGAUAUGCAAGGCAAUAACUACGAUUUCCUUUGUGUCCCUGGUUUUCUUAAGUCCAGCACUGGAGAGGGUAUGUAGGGUGUACUGAUUUUAGAAUGUUCUUUGUUAUUAUUGCUAAGAAAAGGCCACUCUAGCAGAAAACGCAACAGUCAGUUCAAAAUAUGAUUCAUUUCCAUUCAAGUCGGCCAUAUGUUAGCCUAAUACAGGCUUUAACCAGAUCACACGUGUAAAACAAGACCCAGUCAAUUGGUUAGUCAGUCAGUUGGCCAAAUCAUUACAACUCAGCUUGUCAGUAACUCCAGACAAAUAAGCAGACAGCCAGUUAUCUACUGGCCUGCUCUUCAAGUUCUGUACCAUCCAGUUGGCCUAAAGCAGAGUCAAUCAUUCAUUGAUCAUUCAGUUUUUAAAGCCAGGCAUCAAGCAAGAUUUCAGUGAGUGUUACUUGUUCAGAGAGUCUGGCAUAAGCCAAAUUAGGCUCUCUUGUUACCAGGAAAUCCUGACUGGCUUGUUACUAACUGUCAGUCAGUUGCAUAGUCAACCAGUCAGCCAGCAGCAAUCCAGUCAAACAAUCUAUCAGCCACAGUCACAUAGUCAGUGGGUUAGCCAGCAAGUCAGUCAGUCAGUCAGUUGGUCAUUUAGCCAGUCAAUCAACAGGUCUGAAACAGGGGCAUUAUGGGCUCCUGCAGUCAGGCUGUCAAUCAGGCAGUCAAUCAAUUAGUCUUCUAUUCCAGCCAGUAGCAAGUCUGCCAGUCAGACAGCCAGACAAUCAGUGAGUCAGCCAGAAAGUCAGUCAAUAAGUUGGUAAUUUAGCCAGUCAGCCAACAGGAGCAUGGGCUCCUGCAGUCAGAAAGUCAAUCAGUUGCAUAGUCAACCAGUCUUCCAGCCAGCAGGAAGCCAUGCAGUCAGUCAAUCUAUCAGCCAGUCAAACAAACAGGCAAUCAGUGAGUCAGCCAGAAAGUCAGUCACAAAGUUGGUCAUUUAGCCAGUCAGUGAAUAAGGGCAUCAUGAGCUCCUGCAGACAGGCUGUCAAUCCAUCAGUCAAUCAGUUGCAUAGUCAGCCAGUCUUCAAGCCAGCACCAAGCCAGUCAAACAGUUAGACAGUCAGACAAUCAGUGAGACAGCCAGAAAGUCAAUCAGUCAGUUCGGUCAUCACCCCCCCUAUUGUUUUCCUACCAGACUGGUUAAAUUUAGAAAGUCAGACAGGCCAGACCCAGGCCAAAAAGGCCAAAGGCAGGGCAAAAAGUCCAAACUCAAAUAACCUGUCUAGUAGGAAAACAAUAGGAGGACUGAAAAUAAUAGAAAUGUGUUGGUGGUGGUGGUGGUAAUGGAGGGAAACAAUAGAAAUGAGUGAGUAAGCCAGAAAGUCAGUCAAUCAGUUGGUAAUUUAGCCAGUAAACCAACAGGAGCAUGGGAUCCUGCAGUCAGAAAGUCAAUCAGUUGCAUAGUCAACUAGUCUUCCAGCCAGCAUCAAGCCAAUCAGUCAACCUAUCAGCCAGUCAAACAGUCAGGCAAUCAGUUAGUCAGCCAGACAGUCAGCCAAUCAGUUGGUCAUUAAGCCAGUCAGUCAACAGGAGCAUCUUGAGCUCUUGCAGUCAGGCUGUCAAUAAGCAGUCAAUUAGUUGUUUAGUCAACCAGUUUUUCAGCCACCAGUAAGCCAGUCAGUCAAUCUAUCAGUCAGACAAUCAGUGAGUCAGCAAGAAAGUCAGUCACUAAGUUGAUCUUUUAGCCAGUAAGUCAACAGGGGCAUCAUGGGCUCCUGCAGUCAGGCUGUCAAUCAGUUGCAUAGCCAACCAGUCUUCCAGCCAGCACCAAGCCAGUCAAACAGUCAAGCAGCCAGUCAACAGGAGAAUCAUGAGCUCCUGCAGUCAGGCUGUUAAUCAGGCAGUCAAUCAGUUGCAUAGUCAACCAGUUUUCCAGCCACCAGCAAGUCAGCCAGUCAAACAGUCAGUGAGUCAGCCAGGAAGUCAGUCAUUAAGUUGGUCAUUUAGGCAGUCAGUCAACAGGAGUAUCAUGAGCUCCUGCAGUUGUAUAGUCAACCAGUCUUACAGCCAGCAGCGAGCCAGUCAGUCAAUCUAUCAGCUAGUCAAACAGUCAGUGAGUCAACCAGGAAGUCAGCCACUAAGUUGGUCAUUUAGCAAGUCAGUAAACAAUGGCCAUUAUGGACUUCUGCAGUCAGGCAGUCAAUCUGUUACAUAGUCCAUCAUUCCUCCAGCCAGCAAACCAGCCAGUCAGUCAGCCCAUUAGCCAUUUAGACAGUCAGUCAGUCAGUCAUGUCAGUUGACCAUUGAGCCAGCCAGUCAGUCAGUCAAGUUUGUCUUUUAGCAAUCAAUCAACAGGAGUUAGGCUGCUACAGUUUAGUCAGUCGGUCAGUCAGACAUGCUGUUAAGAUAGUUAGUCAGUAACGACUUAUGUUCAAUGUCAGUAUUGAUAACUGACACUUAAUGAAUAAGUAGUCACUCACAGACUUAGAAUCUGAGUUGCUCCAAGUCUGCUGGUUGACUUACCCAUUCAGCAAAUAGAGAGAAUGGAAUUAGGAGGUCAAUGAUUAAAACUAUACUCUCUGAAAUCGUUUACCUUCAUUUGCUGCGUGAGAAUGUCUCAACUUCAUUAUCAGGGAUGCCCAGGUUUUAUUAACUUAAUUCAAAGGGGUACUUAUUUGGUAAAAAAUAUAGAAAGAUACGAGCUACUUGGAGUUUGUGAUAAAAACAAAACACUCUUAAACCAGAUCCUAGAGACUAACUCGUUUUAAGGCGAUGUUAUACUUGACAAUUCUCCGCGACUUUUUAAAGGCAACACAGCGUUACGACAUUGUUGCGUAAUUGUUUCGAAUUGUUGACAAAUUUCCAACAUUGUUGCAACGUUGUUGCAAAUCACUUCGUUUAAUAUCACCUUUAGGUUUACAAUAGAUGAAACUAGUCGGCCUGCUGUAGUUUGCCGGUAAUUGGAACAUGAAAAUUGUUUGUUUUUCAGACGCUCAGUCAUCAGGACUCAUUCAGUUUAUAGUUGACAGUGGCAGUGAAGUUGGCGUGACUGUGACGUCAGAGGUAGUUAAAGAUCUUCAACUGGAGUAUCUCCAUAGCGUAGAAAGUAGAGGCGUCCACGCUACGAGAGACAGGCCAGUUUAUCGAGGGGUCCUAAAGCUUGGGUCAGAGGAAUUUGAUGUUGAAGUAAGCUGAUAACACCUUCCAUGGUAUUAUUUUGUUUAUUAACCCUCUUAGGUCUUUUAGCCAAGAGAUUUCUCCUAACAGUCUUAAUACACAAUCAAGAGAAAAGGUUUUGAGAAUUGAGAAGUGAUCAACAAAGGGAAAAUGCUUUGAUCUUUUAUCAAAUUCUCCCAAAUAAUUCCUUAAGGAAAUGUAUGGAGAUCAGUCAGGAGAAUUGGUAUGUGGAUAUUGGGUCUUAAAGGGUUAAAACUGUGAAUGAGUUGAUCAAUAUUUUCCAUCUUUUUUUUUUUCUUUAACUAAAUAACUGAAAUUUGUUCCAGCUUUCCAUAAAAGGCAGAAACUAAUGUUGAUCUUGAUUAUUUUUAGGGUUUCGCCUAUUGUUUCAUCAAUAGCACCUUUACAACAAUUUCUAAUCGGUUCCACGGUGAUUUUUUAUCAGAAGAUGUUUCACAUUUAAGACAAGUUAAAGCCUUUCGUAAUUAAAAGGGAACCUCUGAUCUUCCUUAAUUUGUCUCGAUUGGGGCAGAACUUAAUUGUAGCAGGGAAAACAGCGGAUUUUGAGUUUCGCGGCGGUACAACCUUUUACUGGUCAUCUCGUAAUGGAACCACUGAAACGUAGCUCUGCAAAGAGUUCCCUAUAUUUUCAGGCUUAAGUUAACUCUAUUCUGACUUUUGAUUCCAUUGUCUUCUUUUGGACAAAAUUUUUCGAUGCAUUGGGACUUUGCGCCUCAAAAAAACAAAAGACAAAGCCAACGAAGCAACUAAAGAAAGGAUCUUACUUUUUACCCGCCAAAAUGGCAGGUCCUUUCCAAAUGUGUGCGCUUCCGAAGUAAAUAUUUUGCUAUUAAAGAAAAGAGACAAAAGGCAAAAUACUUUUCUUCCAGACUGUCAAGUAUUUGUCUAAAUGUUUUUUAUCUCUUUCGCAGGUAAUGCCGGACAGAUUUUGUACGGUAGGUGCUGUCGUUAUGAGAAAAUUCAAGCAUUUUAUAAAUGGACAUUUUCAUCGCUGGCUGAAAGAUGACCCACAGGCUCCUGAUAACCCACCAUCACAAGUUGAAGACUGCUAAAAAAAUUUUGCAAGAGCUGUAGCUGUUAAUUUUGCUAGCCUGCGAGCAAGCUCUCCUAUUUGCGCAAGCGAAGUGAGCCUCGCGAGAACGCGCGAGUUAGGGGCCGGGGUUCCUCUUCCCCUCGCGGCUUCGUCGCUUGCUCGCGCGUUCUCGCGAGACUCGCUUCACUCGCCCAAAUAGGAGAGCUUGCUCGCAAGCUACUGUUUUGCUUUAUCGUUUGGUUCCGCUGGCGAAACCGGAAUGAAAGACUGCGUCAGUAAAACUUUCAUGUUCUUUGCAAUUGACAUCGUUUUAAAAAACGGAUAAAUGUAUUGGGAAAAAGAAAUUGUUUAUGAUAUUUAUUUUUGAUAGGAAUACGCGAUGGCUCCAGUUUUGACUUUAAAAUUUCUCAGCUUCCAAGGAAGUAUAUGGGAAGUGUAUAAUACGUCAAAAUGCCCAAAAUAUGAAUGAAUGAAUGCGUUGAUAAAUUAAUUAGUAAUAACAUUUUAAUAGUUUGUAAAUGAAAUUUG